AGGAGCGUGGGUUUUUGGCAAAGUCGGCUCUGCUGCAGUCCUUCACUAGUUUGGCAAAACAAGGAGCUCGAAGUGGAGCACCGUCAGGUUGACUGGAAUCGAGUUUGGAGGGAGUGUUUGCUGCCCGCGGACUAGAGUGGGGGAAACGACAAGGCGGAAAAAAGUUCAUUUGAUCAAAGAGCCGGGUUAUUUACUCAAAAGGAAGAGCCAGGUGAAAACAAGCUCGCCGCUGCCCUGUCAGUCAUGCGGACGGCCCCGCCCCCCCCGCUGUGAGCCUAGCCGGGUCCCGCGGUCAGGAUGGCGGACGGAGAGGGCCGCUGCGAGCUGCCCAUCGCCCCGGGGCAGCUGUACAUCGAGGUGGAGUACGACUACGAGUACAAGGCCAAGGACCGCCAGGUCAGCAUCCGCGAGGGCGACUGCUACAUGCUGGUGAGGAAGACCAACGAUGACUGGUGGCAGGUGAAGAAGGACGAGAGCAGCAAGGCCUUCUACGUGCCCGCCCAGUACGUGCGGGAGGUACGCAAGGCCCUCAUGCCCCCCCCCAAAGCCCUGCACCAGGGCAGGUCCGGGCGGACCGCCCCCAAACCCAACUUCCUGCACGUCCGCAGGCCGGACGACACCCUCGGCCGAAACCUCGACGCGCCCAGCUUCGGGACGUCCCCCCGGGACGCCGGCCAGCGCCCGGAGAGCCCCGGGCGUUGCCAGGACAACCACGUGGCCGCGCCGGCGCGGGCGGAGUCGCCCGUCCCCCGGCACCCCGCCCCGGGGAUCUGGGUCACCCCGGACGAUUCGGGCGGGAGCUCGGAGAAGCUGCGCAUUGACUCCGAGUCUGGAGACGAGCUGAGCAGCGGCUCCCUGGAGCACCUGCAGACUGCUCCCCCUGCUGGUCAGGUGAGGGCUGACUCUCCGGUCUACACAAACCUGCAGGAGCUGAAGGUGUCGCAGUCCAGCCAGCCCCCCCAGCCCUACGGCCCCCCCCUGCACAUGCUGGGCGACUGGGACACGCACAAGGACGCCACCGGCCGCCAUUUCUACCACAACCGCGUCACGCAGGAGUGCACCUGGAAGCCGCCGCGAGCGCGCGACUCCGCCAACACCGCCAACCGCGGAGACGCGCCGGGGGAGUCAGAGCAUCUGUCGUCAGAGGAGACGUGUCACAGUGCUUACUCCAGCCAAUCAGACAGCCAGUACGGGUCUCCCCCCUCGGGCUGGUCGGAGGAGCUGGACCAGUACGGACACACCCUUUACGUGUGCGAGUUCACUAAUGAGAAGUGGUUAAAGCACGUGGAUGGACAGGGGCGGCAGUACUACUACAGUGCGGAUGGCUCCAGGUCCGAAUGGGAACUCCCCAAAUAUACCCUGUCCCCUUUGCAGCCGGGCAACGCCGCCCAUAAGACCCGGAGUUUGGACAGGAAGGAGCCCAUCGUGCUGAACAAGUGGAGGCACAGCACCUGCGUCCUGGAGACCAACGAGAAGCCUGUGAAGCACAGGCGGUUCCGCUCCGAACGCCUCCCCAGCUCUCCAACCUAUGAGGAAGAAGAGUCCCUGACAGGCUCAAAACACAGCCCCCCCGACUCAGACUCCAGCCCUUCAUCUCCAAAGUCCCCUUCAUCCCCUUCGGAGAAGUGCGCCGUUCUCAACGUGACCAAGAUCACGGAGCACGGGAGGAAAGUCCGGAAAAACUGGACCUCCUCUUGGACCGUCCUGCAGGGCUCCUCCCUCCUGUUCUCUAAGGGCCAAGGGGGCGGGACUAGCUGGUCUUACUACCGCAGUGGCUCCUUCCCCGAGCUGCUCCUCUCGCUGCUAAGCAACUGGAGGCGGUCCGUCAAGCCCCGCCCAGCCGUCUCCUAUGUGUACUCUAGGCUUGGCCCGGCUGCUACUUUCGGGGGGGGGCACUCCAAGCCGGAGUUCACGGUGGAUCUGAGGGGGGGCUCGGUGGAGUGGGCCUCCAAGGACAAAACCAGCAAGAAGCACGUGAUCGAGCUGAAGACCAGGAAGGGCACUGAGCUGCUCAUCUAUUCAGAGAGCGAAGGUGUCAUCGAUGACUGGUACAAAGCCCUGGCAGAUACCAUCAGCGCCCACGCCUGGGAGUCGGACGAGGCCAUCGAGGAAGACAUGCCAGAGUCUCCGGGGUCGGAGAAACACGACAAGGAGAAAGAGCACCGCGACUCGAAAAAGAACAAAGCGAUGAAGAGCUCGGCCAGCAUGGACUCCUCGGACCAGAAGAAGACGCGAGUCAAACUGAAGAAGUUCCUCACUCGCCGACCGACCCUGCAGUCCGUCAAAGACAAGGGCUACAUCAAAGAUCAAGUGUUCGGCAGCAGUCUGGCCAGCCUGUGCCAGCGAGAGAACAGCACCGUGCCUGACUUCGUCAGAAUGUGCAUCGACCACGUGGACAACAACGGUCUUGAAAUUGACGGGCUGUACAGGGUGAGCGGAAACCUGGCAGUGAUCCAGAAGCUGCGCUUUGCUGUCAAUCAUGAUGAGAAGGUGGAUUUGGAGGACAGUAAGUGGGAGGACAUCCACGUGACCACCGGCGCUCUGAAGAUGUUCUUCCGGGAGCUUCCGGAGCCGCUCUUCACCUUCGCGUACUUCGACGACUUCAUCAGCGCCGUCAAAUCUUUUGACAGAAAGCAGCGUGUGAAGGACCUGAUCAAACAGCUUCCCAGGCCGAACCACGACACCAUGCAGGCCCUCUUCAAGCACCUCCGAAACGUGAUCCAGUACAAAGAGCAGAACCGCAUGUCGGAGCAGAGCCUGGCCAUCGUGUUCGGACCCACGCUGCUCCGGCCCGAGGUGGAGUCCGUCAGCAUGGCCGUCCACAUGGCGUACCAGAACCACAUCGUGGAGUUAAUCCUGCUGGAGUACGACAGCAUCUUCGGCAGAUAGAACCACCCCCCCCCACCCCCUCCCGCCCUGUC